GUACAGGAAGAAGUGCAGGAAGAAGUACAGGGAGAAGUACAGGAAGAAGUACAGGAAGAAGUACAGGAAGAAGUAGAGGGAGAAGAACAGGAAGAAGUACAGGAAGAACAGGAAGAAGUACAGGAAGAACAGGAAGAAGUACAGGAAGAACAGGAAGAAGUACAGGAAGAACAGGAAGAAGUACAGGGAGAAGUACAGGAAGACAAACAGGGAGAAGUACAGGGAGAAGUACAGGGAGAAGUACAGCAAGAAGUACAGGAAGAAGUACAGGAAGAAGAAGAAGUACAGGGAGAAGUACAUGAAGAAGUAGAGGAAGAAGUAGAGGAAGAAGUACAGGAAGAAGUAGAGGGAGAAGUACAGGAAGAACAGGAAGAAGUAGAUGAAGAAGUAGAGGAAGAAGUAGAGGAAGAAGUACAGGGAGAAGUAGAGGAAGAAGUACAGGAAGAAGUAGAGGAAGAAGUAGAGGGAGAAGUAGAGGGAGAAGUACAGGAAGAAGUAGAUGGAGAAGUAGAGGAAGAAGUACAGGAAGAAGUACAGGAAGAAGUAGAGGGAGAAGUACAGGAAGAAGUACAGGGAGAAGUACAGGAAGAAGUACAGGGAGAAGUACAGGAAGAAGUAGAGGAAGAAGUAGAUGAAGAAGUAGAUGAAGAAGUACAGGGAGAAGUAGAGGAAGAAGUACAGGAAGAAGUAGAGGGAGAAGUACAGGAAGAAGUACAGGGAGAAGUACAGGAAGAAGUACAGGGAGAAGUACAGGAAGAAGUAGAGGAAGAAGUACAGGGAGAAGAACAGGAAGAAGUACAGGAAGAAGUACAGGAAGAAGUACAGGGAGAAGUACAGGAAGAAGUAGAGGAAGAAGUACAGGGAGAAGAACAGGGAGAAGUACAGGAAGAAGUACAGGGAGAAGUACAGGAAGAAGUACAGGGAGAAGUACAGGAAGAAGUACAUGAAGAAGUACAGGCGGCUGGAGAACAGACUACAGGUGAGGAGCAGGUGGAAGAGGCUGAGAUGAGGAGGAGGAAGCCAAAAUCUGCAACUAAGAGGAAAAAAAAAGAAACAAAACACAGGCAGUGAGGCUAAGACGAGUAAGGUAGGGGAGGACAAAGAGGGGGGGGCAGAGACGGUCUGAUGACAGGGACAGUGAGGACUGUGGGUCAGACAGCAGCGAUGGCCAGAGUUCUAAUCUAACCAGCAGCCAGCAGGAGAAGCUCCACACUGCAGAGGUUAUACAAACUUUCUUGUAAAGAAUAAGAGAAUUGUAAAGAUUGAAGAGUUUUUCACAGAUCUGGUUUUGUUUCAUAGCUCAGCAGACUCCACAUGAGAGGGAGGAGCCUCACUGAGCCAGAGGGAGGAGCCUCACU